UAUAUAGAGAGAGAGAGAAAAGGUUAUAGUCAUACAAAAGAACAAAAGUGUUUAAAAGAAUCAUGAAUUAAGCUGGCACGUUUAAAUGUUUGUUUACAGAUUUAUUAGUUCUUACUUUGAUUUUCAACUAUAGCCCUAGCCCUAGCUGAGAUCUGCUUCUGCUGCUCAUACUGUGAUCAGCCGCCCUUCCCCCACAACACUCUCUGAUCGCGCGCGCGCCCUUCCCCCACAGCACUGUCUCUGACUGACUCGCUGCAGAUGAGAUGAAUGAAUGAACUAACAAAAGUCUUGUGAGCUCUAGUUUACAGCAGACCUGCACGUUUUGAAUAUUCUUAUUUGUAAUUCUCUUAAAAACUUUAUGAUGUGGUGUUAUUUUAUAAAAAUAAGUGCACAUCGGGUACUUUUUGCUCUUUUAAACCAGUGCAUGUACGGACAUGCGCACUGGUUCGUAGUUUGAGGUGGGUGCUCGGUUAAAAAGUGAUCAUGUGCUCUGUCCACUAGAAAGACUAACUUCAUCACAUUUUUUUUUUAAGUUUGAAGAAACAGUACUGUGGUUAAAACAAAUAUCAUUGCCACCAGAUAAUUUUCUAUUAGGCCAAAUAAAUGUAGUCACAAUUUCAACGUGAAAUCCAAAUACGUAACUACGUCAUUUACGCAAGUCAGCGACGGUGGUGUUUUCCCGGGAAAUGCAGACACGUGACGAUGGAACGCGCGAAACAGACGACAAACAACCCACCAGGAGGAAAGGUGAGAUCAAGACGUCCUGAAAAUGCAUGAUAACUAAAUACAUUGUGUAAUAUGAAAUAUAGUACGAUGUAUGUUUAUUUUAGUGGUUUAAUUAUUUUUUGUAAUAGGGUUUUAUUUACUUCUCGAUUGUAUUUGAGUUUGCUUCUAAGCCUGUCUCAUUUGAUGAUUUGUUGCAAUAAUGAAAACAAAUUGUAUAUAUAAAAUUGACUAUUAAAUAUAAUUUUGUUAUUUUUCAUAUAAUAGUACUUUAGGUUCUACAAAGUAAUCAAGACAACCGAGUCAGUGGUAGUUUACUAAAUCAUUGUUUUUCUCAAAAGUGUUGUAAAAUAUCAACAGUAAUUUGAAAUAAUUCAUUCUCAUUUUUUAAUAUCAUUAUUUUAUAUAUUAUAUUUUAUGUAAUACAUUAUUACAUUAUUUGCCCCCGAAUUGGUUUUUUAGUGGAAUGUUUUAUUUUAAUAAUUUAUCUUCACUGAGAUUUUUUUGCACAAUGACCAUGAAUUGAUACUUUAUAAUAUUUGUAUUUUGUUUCAAGCUCCAAAGCAGACAAAAAGCACAUUAAAAAUAGUCCAUAUAAAUCUAGCUGGUUAUUGACUGAAAAUCUCCCAUAUACUUUAGCUCUUAAAUCAAAUAUAGAUUGACAUCAGUUGUGGUUACAAGACACACAAGAACCAAUGGUUUUUGGCAUUAAUGACAUUUCAAUUUAAAAAAAAAAAAAUAUAAUAUAAAGAUUUGUUCCACAGAAAAACACAACACCGGUUUGGAUAUGAGGUCAUUUCAAGAAAGAAAGUCGCCAUGCUGGGAAAUAAAAGACGUAGGAAACCUCUGCAGGAUGCUGAGCAUCACAUUACCUGUAAAACUGACAAGCCUGGGCUUCGAGAGCAGUUCAUCAGCAAAUAUAAAGGGCGUGGAGUUUUCACCACUGGAGCUUUUUUCAGAGGUGAUUUUGUUCUUGAAUACAGAGGUGAACUUCUGAGUUCACAGGAGAGUCUGGACCGAACUGAACACUACACUGAAGCUGAGAACACGUUCCUGUUUGAUUUUCAGUGGCAUGGCAAAAAUUGGUGCAUGGAUGCAUCUAAAGAAGACUCGUCUUUGGGAAGACUUGCAAACGAUGAGACCAGAAAUCCUACUUGCAAAAUGAGAACCGUUGAAGUGAGCAGAAAACCUCACCUGUGUCUGUUUGCUGUACGAGACAUUCUACCAGGAGAGGAAAUCACUUACAAUUAUGGAGACUCAGAUUGGCCAUGGCGAGUCAAGCCUUUGAAUAAAGCAUCAGCAGAAUCCACUGAUAAAAAGCCAGCCAGCAGUUUGCGCCUGCAUAAAUCCCCCCAUUGUGUAGCUUCUGUUUCCUCUCCUGAACUGGACAAGGUAAACAGCAAUGGUCCUCAUAAGCAGUCAGGCAAAGCAAGAACAUCAAGGAAUAAAACGAAGCAGUUCCGAUCAAGACUGUUACAGUCAUCCUCAGUCGCAUCCACAUCUGAUGCACCCUCUUCAUCGGCACCCUGUGCUUUGUUCACCUCUAUAAUGGCCUUAUCAACCUCAUGCCCUCCUGCCCUGUCCUCAUCACCGUCAACACCACCUGCGCCACCCACGUCACCUUCAACCUCGCCUGUGCAGCCCUCAUCACCUUCUCAUGCGCAGCCCUCAUCAUCCUCGCCUGCGCAGCCUUCAUCACCUUCUCAUGUGCAGCCCUCAUCGCCUUCUCAUGUGCAGCCCUCAUCAUCCUCAUCCUCGCCUGCGCAGCCCUCAUCACCUUCUCAUGUGCAGCCCUCAUCAUCCUCAUCCUCGCCUGCGCAGCCCUCAUCACCUUCUCAUGUGCAGCCCUCAUCAUCCUCAUCCUCGCCUGCGCAGCCUUCAUCACCUUCUCAUGUGCAGCCCUCAUCGCCUUCUCAUGUGCAGCCCUCAUCAUCCUCAUCCUCGCCUGCGCAGCCUUCAUCACCUUCUCAUGUGCAGCCCUCAUCGCCUUCUCAUGUGCAGCCCUCAUCAUCCUCAUCCUCGCCUGCGCAGCCUUCAUCACCUUCUCAUGUGCAGCCCUCAUCGCCUUCUCAUGUGCAGCCCUCAUCAUCCUCAUCCUCGCCUGCGCAGCCCUCAUCACCUUCUCAUGUGCAGCCCUCAUCAUCCUCAUCUUCUCCUGCUCCACCCUUAUCUUCACCUUGUGCUGCAUCAACACCUGUGGUUCACUCAUCACAGGCGUCUGAGACCCUCUCAUUAAGGAAGAUAUCCUCUUUAAGGCCAUCAAGAAAAAGACAGUAUUCAGGAAGUGCCGUCUGUGAUACAGACUACAGCGAUGUCACAGACUACAGCGAUAUUGACUAUAUACCAAAAAUCAGCUCAGAUGAUUCGGAUGGUAGUUCUUCUGGACAUGACAUGGUCAAAAGUGCUUUGAUACAUCCAACAUCUCCCAAAGAGGCAGGUAGUUUAUCUGAUCAAUGUAUGACCGCACCAUCACCUAAAAAGAUGAAAUGCCAAUCUAAAGAGACAAACACCUCGUCUGGUGAUAAGACUUUUAUUCAGUCAAUGCCAUCACCUAAGCAGGAACGCAAGACGUACAACAAAAAGCAGUAUUGCCUUUAUUGCUCUAAGCCAUAUUCAAAAAUGGCCAGACACCUUGAAUUUGUCCAUCGCAACGAAGUGGGGGUUGUAAAGGCAGUAGCAUUUCCAAAACAUUCCAAAGAAAGACGAGUCCAGUUAAACCUCCUUAGAAAAAGGGGCAACUUUGCCCACAACACCGAUGUGGUGAGAAAAGGACAUGGGGAGAUGAUUGCCUGCUACCGUCCACAAAAUAGUCAAAGAGCCAAUGAAUUUAUUCACUGCAUUUACUGCCAAGGGCUUUAUAACAAGCGUAGUCUUUGGAAACAUAUCAAAAACUGUCCCCUGAAACCAAAAAAUGAGGAUGCCCAGGGCAGGAAAAGAGUUCGAUCCCUGUGUGCUCUAAACACACCAGUGGGCUUAGAAGUGAGCAAAGGAUUCAAGAAAGUACUCUCCUUUAUGAACUAUGAUGAAGUUUCGCGUGUAGUUCAUACUGACAGAUGCAUCAUGCAGCUGGGGGAGCACAUGUUCAACAGGAUGGGGUCUGAUGUGACCAAACAUGACUACAUCAGACAGAAGAUGAGAGAAGUAGGCAGACUUCUUCUUGAAGCAAGGAAGAUUACCCCACUGAGAACAAUGGUAGACUUCAUCAUACCAACUAACUUCAAACAUGUCAUAGCAGCUGUUAAAGUUGUAUCUGGCUAUGAUGAAGAGAAAAACUCCUACCGCAUUCCUUCUUUAGCUCUCAAACUUGGGCAUUCUUUAAACAAGAUAUCUAGCAUUAUUGAGAGCAAUGCCAUGAUGUAUGGAGAUCAUGAGCGUGCUGAGUGUGCCCGAGACUUCAGGAAAAUACACCAGGCAAGGUGGAAUGAGUACAUUUCUGCUGGUGCUAUAACUACAUUGAAAGAAGCCAAGUGGAACACACCACAGAUCAUUCCUUUCACUCAGGAUGUCAAAGUCCUGCACACACAUCUUGAAAAGAAACACAAUGAGCUCCUAAGUAAGCUCAGAUCUUGCCCUUCUGCUGACAGCUACGCUGCUCUAGCCAAGGUCACGCUGUCCCAGGUCAUCCUGUUCAACCGAAGGAGAGAAGGUGAGGUAUCCCGGAUGCUUUUGUCAGCUUUUAAAAGCAGGGAUUCUUCUGAGCUACACGAAGACAUUGCCAUCUGUCUGUCUGAGUUUGAGAGGAAGCUGUGUCUGCACUUCUCAAGAGUUGAGAUCCGUGGUAAACGAGGGAGAAAGGUUCCUGUGCUCCUCAAGCCUUCCAUGGUUUCUGCCAUGGAGCUGCUUGUUGAAACGCGUGAGCUUUGUGGUGUUCCAGCAGAGAAUCCCUUUAUGUUUGCUAGAUGUGGAGCAAUGUCUGCCUACAGAGGAGGAGAGUGCAUCAACAAAGCUGCUUGCGAAUGUGGCAUAAAGAACCCUGAUGCACUGUCAUCAACUAGGCUUAGGAAACACAUAGCAACCAUGUCUAAAAUUCUUAACCUUAAUGAGAAUGAAGCAGACCAACUGGCUGAUUUCCUUGGUCACGAUAUCCGAAUCCACAGACAGUAUUAUCGGUUACCAGAGGGAACACUGCAGCUGGCAAAAAUGAGUAAAGUCCUAAUGGCCAUGGAGAAAGGAACACUGUCUGACUACAAAGGAAAGAAACUUGAUGACAUUGAAAUCGACCCAAAUGAGCAACUUGAGGCCCAAGGUGAUUCCAUGUCAAGUGAUGAGGAGGAUUCCAGUGACCUAUCUCAGACGACAGCACCAGCACCAGUACAGACUGAACAACCUGUUAAAUCUGAUCAAGCUGUUUCACAGGAGGAUCAAGGUUCUUCAAAUGCUCCAAAAAAGAAAUGGGAGGACAGUGAGGUAAAAGCAGUAGAGAGACACAUGAUGAGUUUCAUCAAGACAUGCAAAGUUCCUGGUAAGCAAGACUGUGAAAGAUGCAUUCACGCAGAGCCAGAAGCUUUGAAGCAGCGAACAUGGACUGGUGUGAAAAAUUAUGUGCGGAACAGGAUCACGACUCUUAAAAGAAAGGGUGGUUUGUAGGAAGGCACAAACACUUCAGCACUUUGCACAUUAUGCUCUUUUUGUAGGAAAUGGAGCUAAAUUAAAAGAAAUGAGGAUAAAGGUGUAGAAAUAUUUUGUGGAUGGAAUGAAACAGAAUAUAAAGUGAAAAGUUAGAGUAUAAGAAGGUUAAUGAAGAAGUAGAGGAUAGUAAGAGUCAAUUUUCUUUGUUCAGUUACAAUAUAGUUGGAUGAAAUGUCAUGUUAAACUUUUUGAUAUUUCUGUCAUAGAGGGAGGGGAGAAUGUAAAGAUGAUAAAAAAGGGAAGAGUGAAUAGCUGUGCUGGACAUGGGCUGUGGCUGGAUGUAACCGAUUGGUGAGAGUUGCUGUGUGCAGACGAGAG